GCCAAAAAUGCAGUCGGAAGCGAGAAAACUAUGGAUCAGUAAAAGAAGUCUUUCCGAAGAAGGUCCGUCGGUUGAAAUUGGCUUCGAAGCGCUCAAAUUUCAGGAGGAGUCCGGAGCGAUGAAAGAAUGCGAAUUGUGCUGUGAAAUGGUGCCGGCCGGAGCAUUUUGUCAACUCAUUAAUUGUCGGCACGUGUAUUGCCGGAUUUGUAUUCGAAAGUACAUGGAGCUAUCGAUUCUCGGAAAUCGUGUCGAAAUUCCGUGUCCCGGCGGAUGUCCGGCGGUUAUUCAUCCGAAUGACGUCACACGCUACCUGCUCCCAAACACGGACCUAAUCUCCAAAUACGAGUCAUUCAGCAUUCGAAUGGCCCUUUGCCGAAUCCAGGAUGUUCGAUGGUGCCCCGCACCGGAUUGCGGAUUUGCCGUAAUCGUGCCCAAUGGUCAAAAGUGUCCGCGUAUCAAGUGCCAGCGGCCGGGCUGUGGCCGGGAAUUUUGCUUCAAGUGCCGAAAAGUGUGGCAUGAGGGAACCAGGACGUGCUCCAAGACUUUUGAACAGUUGAAGAAGAUUACGGAGAAUGACGUCUCAGCGCACCCGUGUCCACGUUGCAAGACAUUAAUUGUGAAGGAAAACGAUGGUUCAUGUAAUCAUAUGCACUGUACACUGUGCGGAGCAGAAUUCUGUUGGCUUUGUCUUAAAGAAAUCAAUGAUCUACAUUAUAUGUCGCCGACGGGAUGCACGUUUUGGGGAAAAAAACAGUGGAGUAAUAAGAAGCGGCUUUUGUGGCAAAUUGGCUCGCUAAUCGGCUCCCCGGUGGUAAUUGCCGCGACGGCAGUGAUCUCCGUACCAUUAAUCACCGGAAUGAUUCCAUUUUCGGUGGGAAAACGGGUUUACAAGCGGCUGAAAAAUCAAUCGAAGGCGAAAAGAGUCAUCUCGACGGCCGCCGCCGUCACCACUUCGGCCAUCGUUUCGCCGGCCAUUGCCGGAGUUGCUGUUGCAAUCGGCGUUCCAUUUGCACUUGGCUACACGUACAUCAUGGUACCGAAGGCGUUAGUUCACGAUGUCGUCGACUAUGUUCAAAAGAAGAAGCGACGAGAGGUUCCGAUUGCAGACACCUUCCACGUGGACGGUUACCAUGGAGCAACAAUGUCAUUGGCUCCGCCGCCGGAGCCAGAGCCUGAGCACCGAAAUGCGGAUGGCUCGGCACCCGGACCAUCAUCAGUGACGUCAUCAGACUAUUCGGAGGAUUUCUCGUCGUCGUCGGGCGAUGAUUUUAAUUAGAAGAAUCUCUUUUUAAUAUUUUACAUCAUAAUUUAAUUUUUUAAUAAUAAUGUAUGUUUUUCGAGGUUUUGAGUGUGAAACAUAGUGAAAAAAUAAUUUUAAAUAAAAAAUGCAAAUUUAUAUAAACGAUUAGUGAGAAA